AUGAUUGAGAACGGCGAAGAUUACGGUCUUGGCUUUCCAACCAGUCCAAAAACACCUAAUACAUAUUCACCUGAAUUAGAACGAUUGUGGCGUGAAACAUCUCAUCUUCGUGCUGACCCAUCACUUAUACUUGAAACGCCAAAUGUCUAUGAACAAGCAGCUCGUCUUAAAAAUUUCAGUGUUGUUGACCAUCUAACUCAAUUCGAUAUACAUAGUUCUCAAAAUAUCAAUGAUGAGUUGAGUAAAACACCAUCGGGCAUGUCUUUUUCAUCGGCAUCAUCGACUUGUUCCUCGGAUUUAAGCCCGCCUGCUCAUCUUGUUCCAUUUCAAAUGCAUCAUCAUCAACAACACCAUCAUCAUCACCUGCCUCCUCCUCCUCCUCCUCCUCCUCACCAUCAUCAUCCUCACCAUCAUUAUUUAUAUUCAACAACAACACCCAGUGAAGUUCCAUAUCAACAUCCAGGUUCAAAAAUGCGUUCAAGUCCAUUGAUUCACUCACCUAAUGCGUUACUUCGUUGUCGAAAACAUCUUACAUUGGAUAACGAAUUAAUGAAUGAAGAAUUAUCUGCUACGACAACUUACGAAAAUUUCAUGCAAAAACAACAACGUCUACCAAUAUGUUAUUGUCGAUACAAUAAUAGAAUAGCAAAUACAGCAUUAACUUGUUCAAAUUCAAUGACUACUAAUAAUUGUAGUAGUAGUAGUAGUAGUAGUAAUAGUAGUAAUCAGAAUAAUAAUAAUAUAGAUAUGAUUAAAUCAGAACCUAUACAAUAUUCAUCGGAUUAUUCCACGGAUUUUGGACAUCAAUUAUAUGAUGAAAAACCACUUUCAAACACAUCGUCUGAUUCAUAUCCAUCAUCAUUACUCAUUCCUAUAUCAUUACCUAUUGAUAAUAUUAAAUCAUCAUCAUCAUCGUCAUCAUCAAUGCCUGACUAUUCGUUAACAUCUCCUAUCGAUGGCUUUAAUCAGUCAAGUAUCAAUGAUAUUUGGUCUCCUUCCAUUGUAACAAAAGGUCGAAAACGUUCAGCAGCAAAUGCAUGCAAUGGAACAAAAGCAAAACGAAAAACAUCUUUAACAUUAACUGAAACUACUGACAGAGAUGUACAACGCACAACCGCUAUGAUUCAUGUAUGCAAUCAUCCUGGAUGUGGAAAAAUAUAUAAUAAAUCCUCUCAUUUACGUGCUCAUGAACGAACACAUACAGGUAUUAAACCAUAUUCAUGCCAAUGGCCAGCAUGUGGCUGGAAAUUUGCACGUUCCGAUGAAUUAACACGACAUUAUCGGAAACAUACUGGUGUCAAACCAUUUGCGUGCAAAUUUUGUGAUCGAGCUUUCGCUCGUUCUGACCAUUUAACACUUCAUAUGAAAAGGCAUCUUUGA